AUGUCGUCAGAAGACAAGUACGAGACGCUGGAGAAGAUUGGCCAUGGCUCCUUUGGUGUCAUUCGCAAAGUCCGCCGGAAGGCAGACGGCUUCAUCAUGUGCCGCAAGGAGAUUUCAUAUCUUCGCAUGUCCCAAAAGGAGCGAGAGCAGCUCCAUGCCGAGUUCCAGAUCCUUUCGCACCUCCGACACGCAAACAUCGUUGCCUACUACCACCGCGAGCAUCUCAAAGCUAGCCAGGACCUGCACCUGUACAUGGAGUACUGCGGGAAUGGCGACCUCGGCCGAGUGAUUAAGGACCUGCAGCACAAGGGACAGAGGGCCCAGGAGAGUUUUGUUUGGAGCAUCUUCAGUCAGCUUGUCAUGGCGCUGUACCGGUGUCACUAUGGUGUUGAUCCGCCGGAGGCUGGUGCAAAUGCGCUUGGUUUGACGCAGGGGAGUGCUAAUGGUGCUCCUCAAGUGCCUGCUGGUGCUAUGACGAUUCUUCAUCGAGAUUUGAAGCCUGAGAAUGUUUUUUUGGGGGAAGACAACUCGGUCAAGUUGGGCGAUUUCGGUUUAUCCAAGAUGAUCAAGUCGCAUGAUUUUGCCUCCACCUACGUCGGCACACCUUUCUACAUGUCGCCUGAGAUUUGUGCGGCUGAAAAGUACACACUCAAGUCGGAUAUUUGGUCACUUGGAUGUAUUAUAUACGAGCUUUGUGCGAGGGAACCGCCGUUCAAUGCAAAGACGCACUUUCAACUGGUGCAGAAGAUCAAGGAAGGCAAGGUUGCGACAUUGCCGGAAAUGUACUCGCCGGAACUGAAUCAGGUCAUUCGAGAUUGCCUCAAGGUGAACCCAGACAGACGUCCCGACACGGUCCAGCUACUUAAUUUGCCGGUUGUCAAGUUGAUGCGCAAGGAGAAAGAGGUGGUUGACCUGAACAAGUCUUUGCGCGCACGGGAAGAAUUGCUUCGCCAGAAGGAGAAGGAACUGAAUGAGAGACUGUCCAAUAUGGACCGAGAAAGGCAAAUGAUGCGGGAAGAGAUCGAUUCCCAACUGCGACGGGAAUGGGAAGUCAAGGCUCGACUUGAGAUUGACCGCCUUGCCAACACCGAGAUCGAACAGCUGCAGAUGCGAUUUGAGGAGGAAAUUAAACUACGAGUAGACGCUGAGCUACAAAAGACGAGACACACGAGUGCUGUUCAGUCAGAGGCAACUGGCGCCUCGGAAGAUAAAGCAUCGUUAUUGCCUAAGUCAGAUUAUCCGCAGUCAUCAGUUGGUGGAGGAAGUGGCGACGAAUUUCCCUCAACAACAGAUGCCACAGAAUACUCUCUCGACAGUCCUGAUACAUCCAGGGAUCCUAAACGAGCAGCGCGAACACCGUUUGGCCGAGCACAGACAAUGUUUGCCGGACAUGCUGGAACGCCGAUGGAUAUUGAAAUGGCAUCGCCGAGUCCCAUGGCAAUCGCUAAUCUUUCUCUGUCUCCUCGUCGUGGAGGAGCAACCAAGGCACCUACAACCCAUUCAGGGAAUAUCUUUGCUGCCAAUGCAAACAAAGUUUCUGAUCCUAGAUGGGAUCUUCGCGAACCGUUGUCCAUUGAAUCUGACGACGAGGAUAUCGUCCCCUCACCCACACGAAACAUUCGCUCUGCCAAGAACCCAUUCACUUCUAAGAACCGGCCUUCUCUAAAGCAGCAAAUGGUGCUCUGGCCGAGCCACGGCCUCGGUCGCCCACGACAAAUCAGCAAGAUUCCCUCCAUGACGAGCAUCCAGACAGAUUCGAAUGGCAACGGCUUGACACGCAAACAUUCCGUCAAGAAGGAUAUGAGUGGUGGCGAGGCCCUGAACAAGAUGGCUGCUAAGAACAACAUCAAGGGUAGAACACUUGUUGAACUGCAACAAGCCCGAGCUGGAGGACGGCCAUUGAGCGCUGCCGGCGGCGCUCUCGAGAAUAUCAGUCCUAAACGUGCUACGUUCAAGGAGAGAGUCGCUGGAGAGCGAAGAGGUAGCGGAGGCAGCGGGAGCAGCAGCAGCGGCAGUGAAUCUGUUGCUGUUUGGGACCCGGAGCGAGAUGAGAUGCCAAGCCCAUUUUUGGUGAGGCAGAAGAGGAUUGUCAAAGUCUAG